AUAAAAAAUUAUUCAUACGUGGCACUUUGUUAAUUCUUAAACGUCUGAUGAAGUUUCCUAAAAUUAUUGGUGAACAGAAAAUGAUUAACGCCUGUAUUUUGCUUUGUGCAUUCACUGUACCAUUCGCAUACACAGUAAAGGCCCAACAAUAUUUUACGGAUCAUGAAUUCAAUGAAGUCAUCAGAAGGAUUUUUUGCUGGUAAAAAGACAAAAGUUUGGAUAGCUAAAUACUAUGGCAUACAUUUUAUAUAUGUUCGACAAUACGAUAUUAUGGAGAAAUUGAACCUUACAUUUUAUCAUGACCGAAAAACUAGGUCUGUAAUAGCUCAUACAGUAAAUGAAAAAGGUGUUUCAGAAUUCAAUGGUAUUAUUGAUUCUGACAAAGUAAUACGUUCGUUAAAUAAUGUCAAACGCAUUCGUCGUGAUGUUCCAUCAAAAUCACCGUACGAAUCAGAAAACAAUAGUUUGAAGAAUUAUCACGUACUUUACAAACGAGAAGUAUCUCCAACAAAUAUCAGGAAUACUAAUUAUUCUCCAAAUCCCACACCUGAUUAUCAUGAUUUUAGAAAUAUUGACGAAACUCCAAAAAUAGUAUAUCCAGAAAUAUUAAUUUAUGUAGAUACAACGAUUUUUCUACACUUUAAUCGCAGUAUCGAAAAAACUGUUGCUUAUGUUUUAACAUUUUGGAACACAGUAGAUCUUUAUUUUAGAGAAAUGGAUGAUCCUUCAGUUCGUUUAAGUAUAGCUGGAAUUGUUGUGUGUGAGGAUCCAAUAGAACCGAUGGAUGAAUACAUAAUUAGUUUCCAGAAUUUGAUCCGUUUUUCAUUUUUUAUGUUCAAUCAAAGAAAUUUUUAUUUGACUCUUGAUUACGAUAUUGUUGUGUUUUUCGUUAAACCAAGAAUAUUUCAGAAAGUAAUAGGUAUUUCAUAUGAAAGAGGUGUUUGUAGAAUAGAAGCACUACUAGUAAAGUCAACAGCAAUUAUUAGUGAUUCAGGAAACUUUGACGGAAUAUUGACUGCUGUACAUGAAAUAGGUCAUGUAUUGGGAUCUCCUCAUGAUGAUAACAAAGAUAUGAGUAAAGAAGAGAUAGAAAGAUGUACUUUUAAGAACGGUUUUGUUAUGAGUUAUCAUGGAGGAACUGAAAAUCAAUUUUACUUUUCUCCAUGUUCCAAAGAAAAAAUGAAAUUAACAUUAAGUUCAGAGGCAUCUGAGUGCGUUCGGAAUAAUCCAGCUGUUGGUAGAACUGAUGAUCAAAUGCUAUCAACUUUUUCUGGACAAUACAUGUCAGCAGAUGAACAAUGCAUAUCUCGAGAUUAUGAGAGAGCGUUUGUGUCUCCAAGAAUUUGUGCAGAAUUAGAAUGCGUCAAAUAUCAUGAAAGAGUUUCUCAAAUUAUACCAGCACUUGAAGGAACUCCUUGUGACGUGGAAAGCGUCUGCUUAAUGGGAAAGUGUGUAAAAAUAGAAUCUGACAGAAGUGAUAUCAAUUCAGAUCUAAAUGUAUUAUUCCCAAACCAUUUUCAACCGUAUAAAACUAAUAAAUCUCUCGAAGAGCAAUGUAAAGAAAGAGAAUUAUUUUCAAUCUUUGAAAGUGCUACUUUAAGUUUUUGUGAACUUACCUGUACUUUUAAAACUUACUUAUCUGGAUACCGUAGAAACAGGAAAUUUAUAGCCGAUGAUGGAACUGUGUGUAAUAGUAACGGAUAUUGUCUAAAUGGAACAUGUUACGAUGAAAUUUACAAAUCAGCUGAAAAGCAGUGUAUAAAUUAUGGAGCAUCAAGCUUUUUAGGAAAGACUUUAAGAGAAUGUAACUUAUUCUGCAAUAAAAUAGUUUAUGUAUUUGCUGAUACUUUCCUUAACCAAACUUAUAGAAGGUAUGAAACAAUAGUAAGAAUAUUAGCUCCAGAUGGAUUUCCGUGCAAUAAUAAUGGAUACUGUAAUAACGGAAAAUGUGUCAAUAUAACAAUUACGUCAACUACUGUCAGCACUAUUGAAACAACUACUCCCUUAGAUAAAUAUAAAUCUCCCAAAGAACGAUGUAAAGAUAUUUCAAUGGCUUGGAUGUAUGACUUUAACGAUGGAUGCAUCACUUAUUGCAAAAAUGAAGAAAAUAAGGGAAUCGAUGAAAAUUUAGUUGCUGAAGAAGGAUAUCCAUGUGAUAAUAAUGGAACCUGUGAAGAUGGGAACUGUGUGAAUAUGACAAUAGUGUCAGAUAAAUGGCCUAUUUUUAAAUCUCCCAGUGAACGAUAUAAAAUAAUUGGAAUGACUCUGGCAAAAAAUCACAAUACAACUAACUGUACAAUCACGUGUGCUAGUGAAAAUGCGUUAAGUAUCAGAGGAAUAUUUAAAAUAGAUGAAAAAAUUGUCUUUCAAAAUUUAACCGCAGAAGAUGGAUAUCCUUGCAAACCUGCUCGAUUUUGCCUAACUGGGAAAUGUGUUGAUAUAAAAAUUUCUGACAAUGUUAAUAAUAGGGAAUCCACUAAUUGGAAUACUGAUGAACUGAGAGUUUAUCCAAAAAAGAGAAUUGAAAUUAAGAAAAAGGUUUUCGACUCGAUAAGUGAAGAUGACAAUGUUGCUGAAGAUUUCUCCAAUGAUGAUGAAGAUGAAAAAAAUUUGGCGAGUGACCUGGGAAUUGAAUUUUAGAAUCGACUUUUUGCUAUAUAAAUUUAUAAUUGUUUUCCUUUUAAAUGAUAUUACAUGUAAAUGAUGAUUUGUUAAAGAAUACAAAGUUCAGUUUGUGUUUUAAUAAAUGAACAGUUACUAAA